UGUUAUUACCUGAUUCUUCACCUGCCCCGAACAGAGACUGAGAGAACGGACUGAGGAGAAAAUGAAGAUUGUGCCGUGCAUUAUAGCAAUAUUUUGGGUGGUUCUUACAUUUGAGAGCCCGCACUGCCAUGCGCUUGCCGAUGAUUCUAUAUAUUCCGAAACAAAGUUCGACCAAAAUGAUAGCCUGAGAGUAAAACAAACCGCAAGCUUGAACGGCAGGGUUGGACAAGACCUUGAAAAUGGCGAGACCGACAAAGAUUCGGAGAAUGACCAACUGAUUAAAGAUCUAGAGAGUGACCCAAGCUACAGCGAAACGAAGUCCGGUUUGAUUUUUGAUAAGGCAAGUGGGGAAGCUCAUCCGAGAAAAAUUGCAGUUAACGCCAUCAAGAAAAGAAGACAAAAACGCCAUAGACAGAAAACAAAGAAAUCAAAGACAUAAAAGAAACGUGACAGCAAGGACCGCAUUCUUAACGCAAUGUUGGGAACAGUGACAUUCAACGUAGGGCUUCACCCUACUCUUAUUCCCGAAUACGAAACGCGUAAAGCAAAGUUUAUUGAAAUAAUAGAAAAUGGUUCUCUUCCGGGAGAUGUCGUCUGCUUGCAAGAGGUUUGGGAAGCAGACGAUCUUAGAGAAAUAAUCUCCAAGACACAGACAGAUUUUCCAUUUUCAGUCAGCGCCCUGCAUCAGACUAUAGACGGCGACACUGUCUUCCCCACUGCUAAUCCUUUAGUACCUGCUUGUACCCUUGCUGAGGUGAAUGCAGUAUCCCAGUGUUUUUUUAACAAUUGUGUCGCGAACAAUGCGCCAGACAGGUUUUUGUGUUUCGUUGGGAACUGCACAGCAGAGUACCAGGCGCUCUCCCAGGUCUGUUUAGCUUGCCUUUUGGCACGGCAAACUCAAAAUGUGAAAGAAUUGCUGAAUGCUUUCAGUCGAACUGAGCUUUGUGCUACAACCCCUUACGAGAUGACCUAUGGCCUAGUGAUACUCAGCAAACGACCGAUAGAUGACACUAGUUUCGUAGACUACCACGAUGGAUAUUCAGUGAGUGUGCCGCGCGGGUAUCUUCGUGCCAAGGUUGGUGGUGUCCACGUGUUCUGUACUCACACAACCCCUGUUCUGACGGAUAUUUACUUAGAUGGCCGUUUCGGUAGUUACGAGGAACAAAGUUUAUAUGAACUUGGAACGCUCCUGAACGCUGCAAAUCCCGUUCUCGAGAAAUCACUUUUGCUGGGCGAUUUCAACACUUCACCGAGUAUCCCGGAUGCAAACAUUACGUCACAGCUUCCCGUGGCCUAUCAGCUCCUGACCCAGAACUACUUUUCCCCUUAUCUGGAGGUAGUGACGUCAUGCACAUACUGCAAUGAUAACUGGCUGACUAACAAUCGCUCUGACCGUAUAAUAGACCACGUGCUUCCACCCAAAUCAUGGAGGGACCAAAUAAUGGAGAAGGCCACGCCAGUGAGAAUAUUUGAUGGAGAUGCCACUGUGUCGGACCAUUACGGCGUAGCUUUGUUCAACCAAGAAAGAAAGGAAGACUAGAUCAGCACUUCCAAUAUAUCAUACCAUUUACUGACAUUCCAUUCCCCAACCUGCUCGAUAAAUCGACUGAUGAAUCAAUCCGUGUUGGAAAAUGUUCCUGUAAUCUGCCUCAAUUUACGCAAGCUUUUUGGCAGGCAGUCUUAGAAAUGAAGUCAUAGAAAGCAAUACAAAAGUUAAAAGCAAAGCAUGGUGGAUUUUUAUGAUUGUGCAAGAGACUAACUUCGACAGUAGUUACGAGAAGAUAACAAGAAAAAUAUCAGUGGAUGGCUUUUGCAGUUUUCAUUUUAUGUCCUGACCAAAUUUUCUCAAGAAAACCGCUUUCAGGGGCGGAUUUAGGCCGUCUUCUGGGUCUUUCGGAAGACGGUCAGAUUUUCAAGUUUACGCUGACGGGUAUCUAUAUGUUUAUGUCAGAAGACGGUCAAAAAAUGGAGGAUGGAUCAACAAAUAUAGUAUGGAAGACUGUCAGAAAAUAUCUCUGGAUCCGCCCCUGGCUUUUGUACUGUACGUUGACAAGUGGGGUGAAAGAGUGAGUGUGUGUGUGUGUGUAUGUGUGUGUAUAUGUAUGUAGUACAGUGUAUUUCAGUUAGUGCUUUUGUGUUAUUCCUAUUUCUGAGUCCAAUUUUGUAUUUGCACUUUG